GUGCGAUGUGCAUGUUCAGAUCUAGGAGUCUGACUCUCCCGUUUUAGGGGAUCAAUAGUUUUAAAUCCAAAAUAAAAUCACCAUAAGGGUUGACACAUACUUGGUCGCCAUAGAGCAGAGAGUAUGACCCCCCUGCUCACUUCUUACCACCAUGGGCACAAUCUUUAUCCAAACUCGGAUAAUGAAGGUAUUCGAUGGUCAACCGUUAAUUCUCGAUUCGACCACUGAACAGUGAUAUUUUGUUUCAACCAUGUAAACAGUA